AUGCAGGAAAGCCACAAAGCUGCGAAUGUCAAUGAAAUGUAUCAUGCCAUUGCUGAUGAAUGGGAGCUUACUGUUGCAUAUCUGGUGAUUGUGGCUAAUAAUGCUGCAAAUAUGCUUGCCACUACACAGACUGACAACUUGGCAAACAUUACAUAUUUUGCCCAUACUCUCAACAUGGCUACUCAGCAAGCCUUGAAGCCAACAACAGUGUCACAACUGCUUGGGAGGAUCAGCACCAUUGCAAACCAUGAACUGCAGGAGAAACAGAAACUUCUACAGUUACCAGUUCAAAUAACUGAAAACCGUUAUCGCUGGAAAAGCACACAGGACAUGAUUGAGCAAUUCCUAGAGUAG